UGUUGAUGAUGAGUCAAGCGGAGUCUUGACGGACUUCGAAAACCUGGCGGCACGUUAGCUGGCCGUGGCAUGACUCAUGAGCUGUAUCGACAACAUGGCGACAACGGUUGCAAUUGAAUUCUUGUCACUUCCGACAGAGCUGAUAUGUCAUAUUCUAUCCUUGCUGACUCCCAGGGACCUUUGUCGCUGUGCAAUGACAUGUAAAAUCGUACGGAAUGCAGCUCAGAAUUCUAUCCACAUCCAAUACAAGCUUGAACUUCAUGCUCAGGGCUUCACCGAGACAAGAACUCUGAACUCGAUCGAUGUUGACAGCAGGAUGUCCUCACUCAAGAGAUGGGUAACCUUCUGGCCAUCUGUGUUCCACGCCAGUUCUGUCUUCGAAGAUGCAGUACCUAUCAUGAACCUACAUUCAGGAAUACAACACAUGAAAUGCGGGAUUUGGUGGAUGUGGGACAACGACAAUUUCUACAUUCGGGACUGCAACACAAAUAUCAAACUCUCUCAUUCGUUCUCCAGAUACGAGCAGUUCUUCCAGGGUCGGAUGUCGGGAUCGGUGAGAUCGGUUGUCCUCGACCCUAUUCAGGAUCUUGUGGUUGUAAUUUUAUUUCCUGAUAUAUACACCGUGACUGGUGCCGAGCAAGGUCGCCAUAUCUUUUCGGUGGAAUUUCGGUCGGCUUCAUCCCUGCUUCCACAUCCAGAUUCCGUGGAAGCUUUGUUGAAGUGCCAACAUUCUGAGGAAUCUAGCCAUCACCGUGUCAUUUUAACGCAAGAGCCUACAGUUUGUGGGGAUCAUAUAGUUGUCUUCUAUCAUAUGGAACGAUUAAACCCACUGGAAAUGGUGGGGCACAACGUGUUCAUACAAGUGAUAGAUUGGAGGAAAGGAUAUACCAAGAGUUAUCCUUUAUGUGAAGAUUUUGCGGGUUUCCAUCUAGUUGAUGAACAGAAGUUUGUUGUCAUCGACACCCAGGGCAUCAUAACUUUAUAUACACUACAAGAAAAUGGCCCACCUCAGCGCCGAGUAAUGUAUCGUCUUCAAGAAUCCCUGCUUGCGUCGUUCUACCUAUUUCAUGGCACCCCAUCGUUCCAUGCUGCAACAGCUUGUCCAGACCUGGAGCCCGACUACGUUCCCUCUCUGGAAUCGCAAAUCGUUGUUUUAGAGACUAUCACAAACGCACGCCCUGUUGUUCUAGUUAUCGAUAUGGUUAUCUUCUCAGAAAAGGCCUUGCACUCAGACACGCCUGUCGAAAUUCCCUGGUCGGAGUGGGGACCCCAGUAUACGUGCUGCUUUCAGCAUCAUUCAAGCUGCCAAAUCAGUGUGUUUGGCAGCAAAAUGGCCUAUGCUCUCCCUUGGGAUAUCACUCCUAAAAUCGGAAAAAAGCCGGAAGGACUCUGCACCCAGGAUUGUUUCUACGUGCACAUCUUAGACUUCAAUCAGCGAGCCAUCGCUCGCGCAGAAAAUAUCUAUGACCCCGACUCACCGACCUGCCUUAUUUGCAAGUCUUCUGAUUACCCACAUGGAUCCAUCAUUUCAAAUCGUCCUUACAUUGCCACCGUCUGUCGUACUCGAUUUUUUCCCAACCGCUUUGUCAGGUUAUUCUUGGAGCACGAUCGACUUACCUUAACAUGGGUCGUUUCCCCUGUACAGACAAAGGUAGACUCGGACCUUGUGCACUAGAAAUAUAUAUCGGCGGUCGAGGGUGGCGGGGAUCAUGAUGAAUGUCGUUGUCAUUGUCAAUUUUCUUACAGGCUGACUAUACUUCAGCCCGCUAGUCUUGUGUACUUAAUUUAUUCCCGUAUUGGCAGAGACGGUUCGUACUUUUGGUGGUGUGGAUAGAAGUGUGUGGGAAUGUUUAAAUAAUGCCUUUCGAUCCCUCCCUCGAUCCAGUGCCCUCCUCGAAUGAAUGCUUCUUUUAUUCUUUAU